AUGAAGCUGAUCUUCUGGAUUUUUGCGAGUUUGAUGCUGCUGCUCGUCGAUGCCGAGCCGAUGUUUCCAGCCAUCCCGAAGGAUGAGUCACAGCUCUGCCUGACGAUCGAGGAUUGCCCGCAAACCCGCGGGAAAUUGAGCCAUAUCUGCGAUAUCCCUUACGGCGAGCUGGAGGGGGUGGUCCUCUUCUCGCAGCCGAACAGCUCGGACAUCGGCCUCUUCUGCUACCCGAACAUGGCAAAUGUUCAGACGAUGGCCGACCUGCUCCAAGUUGAGGUCUACGCCUACGACUACUCGGGCUUCAUCCACGUGCAGGUGGGCCCCGACACCACCUCCGAGCGCCAGACCGUCGUCAGCAAGGUAAGCCGCCCGAGCCUCUACAUGCACCUGCUGAACGUGUUCGCCGAGGGGGCGCAGAAGGCGCGGAGAAGCGGCGACGCCAACGCGGCCAACGGCAGCAGCCAAAAGACGUCCUCAUCCAGCGGCUCCCCCCAAGAAGAAGCCGCC